UUGCAAUGUAACCUAACAGGGAUUUUUCCCAACGCACCAAAAGGGUUUAAGGGAAAACGGACACCGACCAACAACUUGGCUCAGGCUUUGGAUUGUUGGAUCGCAGACGGUCGUCUGCUAUGAGCUAGCCAGCUGGGUGAUCAACUGGCGUGUUCAUCCCUUGCCCGGUUGUCUCACCUGGCUGGACUCAUCCGGUCUGGGAUUUUAACCAUCGAAGAGGCUCUAACGGUCUCAACCGGAGUCCUUUUGUCUCAUUUACCUGCUCGCGUCGUACGCACGCUUCUUACACAGUUGCAUUCACCGAAAGAAAGCGCCGUCACCCCCGCCGAGACGGGACCAUCCAUCUCCUCCGCAGCGCGCCGCCACCCCCGAUGCUAAGGCCCCCGGAGCACCAGGUGGCCGGCCACCGGGCCGCGGAGGGCCAGGUGGGACCCCUCGUCGACGGCGCUGGACUCUUCUACAAGCCCCUUCAGGGUGACGACCGCGGGGCCCACGAGGUGGCCUUCUACUCCUCCUUCUCCUCCGACCCCCGCGUCCCUCCCCAUGUCCGCGCCUUCUUCCCGGGCUUCCACGGCACCCAGCUUCUCCCCGCCUCCGACGGCUCCGGUCCCCACCCACACCUCGUCCUCGACGACCUCGCCGCGGGGCUCCGCUGUCCCUCCGUCAUCGACCUCAAGAUCGGCGCUCGCACCUGGUACCCCUCCGCGCCCGAUGAUUACUUCCACAAGUGCCUUAAGAAGGACCGCGACAGCACCAGCCUUGCCCUCGGCUUCCGCGUCUCCGGCGUUCGGAUCCACCAGGGCGGCGACGCCGGCCUCUGGCAGCCCGAUCGCGACGCCAUCCGGCGGUUCACCGCCAAGGACGUCCGGCGAACGCUCCGGCAGUUCGGGUCCUCGAAUCCGGCCUCGGAUUCGGACCCGCCGGACUGCGCCUUCGCCUCCAUGGUGUACGGAGGGUCUAAUGGGAUUCUGGCGCAGCUGCUGGAGCUCAAGGCGUGGUUCGAGGACCAGACGCUGUUCCACUUCUACUCGGCGUCGGUUUUGAUGAUGUACGAAACGAAGGUGGUGGAGGCCGGGAGGGCCGGCGGCGGGAUUAGGGUUAGGCUUGUGGAUUUCGCUCAUGUGAUGGAGGGGAAUGGUGUCAUCGACCACAAUUUCUUGGGGGGGCUCUGCUCGCUCAUCAAGUUCAUCUCGGAGAUCCUCACCGAUCCGGAUGAGUGCUUGGCCAAACCCAAGAAGGCGCAAUUGAACUUCGAGGAUGGGAGCUGAGGGUGUGGUAACAGCAUGCCAUUUGAUAUUUUCUUUAGCUUAUUUCCAUCACUUAGAAUCAUUGAUUUCUCUUUCAUAUACUGGUGAGCUAGCUCAUUGAGAUCUCGAAAAUUGAGGUUAACUUUGCGUUAUAAACUCUUUGCUUUUAAUUUGAGGAAUCUUUUACUUUUA